AUGUCCUCAGCCAAUUACGAGCCAUUACCCACUGAUUCCUCUUCCCCGACUUAUCCUCCUUUACCAGGUCCACCUUACCGUCAAAGGCAUCAAAAGGUGCAGAUAACUCCUAUUCUCAUCCUCAAGUAUGUCCUAGGUGUCUGUGGAUCACUGGUCAUAUUCCACUAUGUUAUCAUUGGUGCUUUCCCCAAUUCAUCUUACACCAGCUACACCACCAAUGGACGGAAUCACCAAUACGAUCAAGCUUAUGCUUCGGCCGCAGCAACAGCUCAGGACGUGUUAAACCGAUUGGAUCCCUCGGCAGGCCAACCUGGAACAUUCUUCAGAGACUCUUUUCCCUUACGGACGAUGUUGGCCUUUUGGGACUUGGCUGAGAAAGAAGUGAAAGCCAGAGGAGUAGAUACGUGUAAUGGACAAUUGAGUAGAGAGCUGGUAGAUGCCUAUCAUUCCUCUCAAUUAGCUUAUUGCGUACCUCCUGGACAAUCUCUGGACACAUUCACUCCUGAUCCAAUACGGAAUGACACCCAUUCACAUUCGCCUCAUUGGAAUCCUGAAGAAGGAGUUGAAGGAACUACGAUAUUCUGUUCUCCCGUUCAUAGAUCGGGUUUCAGUAAAUGGUGGCCUUACCCUGCUGCGCCAUGCGUCUCUAAGAAUCUUAGGGUUAUACCAGAAUCGGAGAGGAGAUUUAGAGCUGCUGGAUGUGAUAUCACCGACGAAGGGGUGAAGUUGAAUGUGGAAAUGGGAAGAGAACGAUUCUUAGGUUCUGAUACGGAGAAGAUAAAUGGUGAGGUAGAUGAAGCAAAAUGUAAGGAAAGGAUAGAAAGGACUUUAUUGAUCAUUGGUAGACAAGAUCAGUGGAAUCCCUUCCAUGUCGCCGAAGAUCUCAUUACGACUCUGGUUUCUGUCUUUAUCGGAGUGCAGACAGCUCCCGCUCUUAUAGAUUCGAGAGUGCAACUGGUCUUUGUCGAAGGCUAUGGUAUGGAUUCCAAUCAUUUUACUCCACUUUGGGAUAGGAUAGGAGCCUGGGCACCAAGAAGAUUAAGCUUAGAUCCUUGGAUAGAGGGUACAUGUUUGACCAAUGCUAUACACAGUGUUGGUGCUGGAGCAUCCCUCCUAUCCGCUAUGGGAGUAGGAAACUCUUACUCAUGCGCCUCAACGAUAACAUGGGCAGCAUCCCAUUAUUAUCGACAUUUAUUCGGAUUACUUCCACCUUCUCUAUCCCUCCCAGCUAACUUACUGGAAUCCCAUCAUGCAUCUGAUCGACCUCGUCGUCCUAUCAAUGUCAUGUGGCUAUCAAGAGCCAAAUUGGAUGAAUAUGCUCAGAAACAUAACGAUUGGUCAAAUUGGAGAGAUGUACGACACAUCACCAACGAACCUGAACUAAUCAAAAAAUUUAGAAUCGAGUUAGAAAACAUGUGUGAAGGAUCAUUGAAAUCUGGCGAAUUCGGUUCUACAGGUUGUGUAUAUGAAGAUACUCAAGAUAUACCUGAAACAUGGUCAUUGACUUCACCUGAAACCAUCUCAGAUGAAGAUCCAUUACCUAUAAGAUUCGCAAUGAUCGAUCCUACAGUACACGCUUUAGAGACUCAAAUUCAUUUUGUGGGACACAGUACGAUAUUGGUAUCGUCCCAUGGAGGUGCAUUGGGACUAUCAUUGUUCUUACCUCCUGGUGAUGGGACGGUCAUUGAAUUACAAGUGGAGAACGUAGCUGGGAAUUAUCAUUUCGAACAUAUGGCUAAAGAGAUGGGACAUAAUUAUGAGGUUUUGAAUAUAAGGAGAGAAGUGGAUGUUGAUCAGGUUUGGGAAUCGUUAAGGAGAUGGAUUUGGAAAGUAUCUCAAUCAGGUUAA